AUGCUCCAUCGCGAAGCCCCCAAGGCCCGCAGCAAGAACCUCGAAGAUAUCGCUCAGCUCGAAGAACAGGGUUUGCUGCGGAAGGUUGAAGAUAGCGAGGACAGUGGUAGCCCUCCGAGGUCGAGCUCUGUUGGUUCGACGGCGAGAAGACGGCGAGGAAAAGAUGAAGAUGGCGUUCGGUUAGAGAAAAUCGAGAUUGAUGAGCAAGUGCACAGCACUGGGCUUACAAGUAGGAGGGAUAAGGAGGCUUUUGCGUUGCUCGUGCUUCUUUGUGAAUUACAAGGCAUCCCCUUAGGUCUCACCUUCGGCACCCUCCCCUUCCUCCUCAAGUCCCACCUCUCAUACUCUCAGCUUGCCCUCUUCGCCCUCUCCACCUGGCCCUACUCUCUCAAGCUACUCUGGUCGCCCAUCGUCGAUGCGUGGUUUGUCAAGCGGUGGGGAAGGAGAAAGAGCUGGAUCGUGCCCGUGCAGGGUGUGGUCGGCGUGGGGAUGUGGAUCAUUGGGGGCAGGAUCGGAGAGUGGAUGGAGGCGGAAACCGUCGAUGUUAAGCUUCUGACGACCGUGUUCGGCUCUCUCAUCUUUGCAGCUGCAACGCAAGACAUCGCCGUGGACGGCUGGGCCCUUACUCUCCUAUCCCAACCCAACCUAUCAUAUGCCUCUACUGCCCAGACCAUUGGUAUCGGAAUCGGCAACGCCCUAUCGUUCACCGUCUUUCUUGCUUUCAACUCUGCCGACUUUGCCAACAAGUACUUCCGUGGAGGUAACAAGCUCGAUUAUGGUCUCAUCUCACUUGGUGGCUACUUGCGGUUCUGGGCCGUCGUAUUCAUCGUUGUCACCAUCGGCCUGGCGGUGUUCAAGACGGAAGACCCUGUCAGCGAUGAUGACCCCGAUAUGGAUGUGAAGAAGGUGUACAAGGUCAUGUGGAGCAUUGUACAACUGAAGAACAUCCAAUCAUUCCUCUUUGUCCACCUGAUCUGCAAAAUCGGCUUCCAAGUCAACGACUCUGUCACAUCCCUCAAACUCCUCGAAAAAGGUCUCUCCAAAGAAGACCUCGCCGUCGCCACCCUCCUCGAUUUCCCCGCCCAAAUGGCCGUCGGCUGGCUCGCCGCCAAAUGGUCCCGCCCGCCCCCCGCCUCACCCGUCGCCAACGAGGGCCGCAAAUCCGCCGGUGCCGACGCGCACGUCCUCAAACCCUGGCUCUACGCCUUCUGGGCCCGCCUGGCAAUGGCCACCAUUGCCACCCUCGUCGUCGCCGGUUUCCCCUCCUCCGGCGUCGGGUCCGGCUAUUUCAGCUUGAUCAUCGCUACGAUGCUCUUCAGCAGCUUGACCAGUACCGUCCAAUUCGUCGGUAUCUGCGCUUUCCACACCCAAAUCGCCGAUCCCCUCAUCGGCGGCACAUACAUGACGCUACUUAAUACCGUCUCCAACCUCGGCGGCACGUGGCCCAAACCGCUCAUCUUGCACUCUAUCGACGUCCUCACCGUCGCGUCCUGCUCCAUCCCCACUUUGCAUGCCUACUCCCCCGGUGCCUCUGCGGCGAGCCCAUUAAGCAAGGUGGGGCUAGAAGCGACGUAUGGAGAGUGUGUGAGCGAGGCGGGGAAGCAUGCGUGUGCCGAUGUGGGGGGAGAGUGUGUAGUGGCGAGGGAUGGGUAUUAUUUGAUGAGUGCUGUUUGUGUGACGUUGGGGGCUGGGUUGUUGAUUGUGUUCAUCUUGCCGAUGGUGCGGCGACUCGCAUCUUUGCCGAUGUCUGCUUGGAGGGUCAAGAUUCCCAAUUAG